AUGGUAGAUGGAUGGGAUCUGAUUAGCACUGAGUUUUGGUUUGAUGUAAAUGGUGGAGUCACGAAUUCUGUAACAGACCAUCGCCAAUUGAAUCAAGGUGAAACAUCAGAAGCUUCAUACCAAACCACAUCAGAUGGUGGUGGCGGCAGUAGAGCUAAGCUUACUCCAGCUCAAAAAAAAAAAGAAAACAAAAGACUAAGUGAUCACAAGUAUAGGCAAAAGCGCAAGCUCAACAGUUUACAAAAGAAUAGGUUAAAAAAUCUACAGCAGAAAAAUUCUAAAGCUGGAACAUGUAUUAAUGAUGAUAAACCCAUUUUUGACCUCUUUAUGAAAAUCAAUAUUGAUGAGGAGAGUAAAGUGAAGUUAUCGGGCUUCAAUGGCUUAUAUAGGGAGUCUGCCACGAUAGGUAAAUAUCGUUUCCCACUGUCCUUACAUCCGACUCUAACGCUCAUCAUUAAUGUCUAUGGUGAUGUUGCUGCAACAAGUAAGAUGAACCCAAAUAGUGCCGAGAAGAUCUACGUAAUGUUUUGUGCUUUGAUCAAAGAGAUGCAUGAUCUACGACUUGAGCAAAUCACUGAGUGUAGGAUAUUGAAGUGGAGAGAUGCCGUCAAGGAUGCUUUACGUAUGAAUUUCAAGGUGGAUUUUAGUUGGGUUUUUACAAUAAAAAACAGAAAAACAUGA